GCGCUGCGCGGCGGCCGCUCCGCCUCAGCGCGCGGCAAGAUGGCGGAGGAAGGGCCCGUCUGCGGCUUCGUGUUCAAGAAGCGGGGCCCAGGGGCGGGAAGGGGCCGGCGCAAGCGGCCCAGCAGCGACCAGGAGCGGGAGAGCAGCGGUGAGGAGAGCAGCACGGUGGUGAGGAAGGAACGGCGGCGGGAUACUCCUAACCCUAUGAUUCAGAAGACCAGGAGAUGCACGAAGGAGAAAGCCACGUAUGCACUGAGCAGCAGUGAGGAUGAGGAUCCAGCGAAGGACAUCGGAGUCGCUUACAAAUCGACAAGGUCGGCGAAACCUGUUGGCCCAGAAGACAUGGGAGCCACAGCAGUGUAUGAACUGGACACAGAGAAGGAGAAGGAUGCUCAGGCCAUCUUUGAACGUAGCCAGAAAAUCCAGGAGGAGCUGAGAGGAAAGGAAGAUGAUAAAAUUUACCGUGGUAUUAACAACUACCAGAAGUAUGUGAAGCCCAAGGACACGUCUAUGGGAAAUGCCUCUUCAGGAAUGGUCAGGAAAGGCCCCAUCCGUGCUCCAGAGCAUUUGAGGGCCACAGUCCGAUGGGACUAUCAGCCUGACAUCUGCAAAGACUACAAAGAGACUGGGUUCUGUGGCUUUGGAGACAGCUGCAAAUUCCUCCACGACCGCUCUGACUACAAACACGGCUGGCAGAUCGAACGGGAGCUGGACGAGGGUUGCUACGGAGUCAAUGAAGAUGAAAACUAUGAGGUGAGCAGUGAUGAGGAGGAUAUGCCUUUCAAAUGCUUCAUCUGCAGAAGUUCUUUCAAGAAUCCCGUGGUCACCAAGUGCAGGCACUACUUCUGUGAGAGCUGUGCCCUCCAGCACUAUCGCAAAUCCCAGCGCUGCUACGUCUGUGAUAAACAAACCAACGGCGUCUUCAACCCCGCCAAAGAGCUCAUGGCAAAACUGGAGAAACACAAAGCAGAGGAAGAAGAAGAAGAGGAGCAGCGGCAGCAUUCAGACACCAGAGAGGCUCCCCAAUAGCAGAACACUUUGUUUUUUUGUAUCUAGAUAAAUAAAGCUUUCAUGGGGGAGUUAAAAAACCACCCUCCCAGCAGCUGUUUGUAUCUAACCAGCAGCUCCUGCCUGUGCUGGACUCAGCUGUGUGAGCUGAGCCAGGAGCCAGAGCAGAUAAGGUCAGACUCCAGCAGCACCAUCCCCUAUGUUUGGUUACUUCAUCACUUUUUUUUUCUGAUCAAGGUGCUGCUGUUUCACUAACUUGACACUGUCCCUGCUGCUUUGAGCAUCAAGCCAGCUCAGACGUCAUGUUUGUGAUCUCUGAGCACAGAGGGAGCUGAAAGGGAAGAGGAUGAGAAAUAGCUUGUACUGAGUUCAUCCUUCACCCUAAAAAUGCCAACUUAGGGGGAAAGCAGCCUGGGAGUGCUGCAGUUCUUGGGGAUUUAGUGGAGCUCAGUGUGUUCCCUCCUGUCUUUGCCUGCUUUUUGCUUCUUAUUGUUCACAAGAGGCUUAGAACUGCAGUGGGCAACACCUCCUGAAUCACCCCACACCUCCCGGAUCGCCCCUCUUGGGUGAGGAAACCCAACAGCAGCAAUCUCUCACUAACUCAGCCCUCAGUAUUCAUGUUGGGAGUUGGACUCUGGCUUUUUUUUCCCCUUCUCUAAGUACCAACACUUCAGUCCCUGUCCAGAAUGAAAGAUUCUCACAAGCUGCAGCCUUCAAGCUAGAAAAUGAAGUGCCUUAAGGAAGGAAAUGAGUUCAAAGUCUGCACCACAAGCCUGUGGCAUCAUUUGGGACCUUCUGCAGCAUCUUCUAGCACCAGCAGACUUUAAAAAACAACAACUUCAGAAAGAGUUUGUUUUGGCAAAAAAAAUACACCCCAAACCCAACCCUGGAAUAACAAACUGGGGCUUCAAGUACAGUUUAUAAAUAUAAGGACCUGUUGGCAGCACCACUGUUGCCAUCCCUCACACCUCCAGGAUUGGAUUCUCAGUGCUUCACUAAAGUAGUAGAAAGACAUCAAGCACCUCCAGUCCUUGGAAAGGGUUAAACUAAAAGCCUUAAAUCCACCUCCAAAAGCCAGACAACCAUGGAAGAGCUGCUGCAGCAGCAGGAUGGUCACAGCCACCAAUCAAGAGGAGGAAGCUUUUAGCUGGGCAGUGGGGGAAGGCUGAACAGCAAAGGAGAGAUAAUUCUGUACAGGAUGUUCAAGGGAGUUGUGAGCAAGAGGAUUUCACAUCAAAGUCAGCUUGGUUUAUCCUCAGGGCCAGGGUUACUGAAGUAAACAGGCAGUUGCAAAGUUCCUUCCCAAGGACCUGUAAACUCUUCUACGUGCAACAUUCGUCAUCUUUGAUGAACAGGACCAAUAAAUUACAAUGUCCACAACCAGGUAAUAAGUCUCUGGUGGGGUUGCUUUUUUUUCCCCCCUCUAGAAUUCCCAGUCAUCCACAUCUAGCUGCUCCAGGUUUGACACCAGCCCAAAAAUGCCACUGGGAUCCUGAGGCCAUGUCCCUUCAAAGUUGGUGAUGGGAGUGACGGGGCGCAGCAGCUCGGGCAGCGCUUCGGACACACGGUGCUUGAUCUGCAGCCAGAGGAGAGAAAAGCGGCUGCUGAAAUGCUUCCCCCAAGGGCUGCCCCUCAAAGCCAGCACCACUCUGGGUCGGUACAAGCUGAAAGGAAGAAGGCAGCUUUCUCUUUUCCCCCUCACCCUGCACUGAGGGUUUGCAUCGAAUCACAGAAUGAUGAUGGUUGGAAAAGAUCUUCAUAAUCGAGUCACAGGAUGGUUGGGGUUGGAAGGGCCUCCAGAGCUCAUCCAGCCCAAGCUCCUGCUAAAGCAGGUUCCCCUCCAUCAGGGGGCACAGAAACAUGUCCAAGUGGGUUUGGAAACCUCCAGAGAAGGAGCCUCCACACCCUCCCUGGGCAGCUUGGGCCAGGGUCCCU